AUGAUUUUCUUUGUCAAACAGGAUGAUGAUAAUCCACAGCAGUUAGUGGCCGUAAAUGAAGUAGACAGAACAACUAAUAAUAAGAGGAAACAUGAAUCUUCAAAGAGGGUGGUCCCUGUGAGAUCAAAGGUAUGGGAUCAUUUCACUAAACUUCCUAGCAACCCAAACAAGUGCUCUUGCAACUAUUGUGGUGCUGAGUUGAAUGGGUCAUCAUUUUCGGGGACUAGUAGUUUAAAGAGCCACAUAGAAAAGAGCUGCAAGGUUUACAAGAAACUUGUUGAAAGUGGAUCACAGAAAGUCUUGAUCAAAGAUAAGCCUGAAGGCUGUGGCGAUGCUAAACUGGUUGCUAUUGGGUUUAGUCAAGAUGCAUGUCGAAAGGCAGUGGUUAGAAUGAUUAUAUUGGAUGAGUUAUCAUUUGCAUUUGUUGAGGGUGUUGGGUUUAGACAUUUUUGCAGUAUUGCGUGCCCUACGUUUGUGAUCCCUUCACGGAAAAUAAUAGCGAAGGAAGUUUAUCAACUUUUUCUGAGUGAGAAAGAUGCCUUGAAGAGUUUGCUGAAUGAUAAUAAGCAGAGGGUUUCGUUUACUACGGAUAUUUGGACAUCAAUUACAACAGUGAGCUAUAUGGUUGUCACUGCUCACUUUAUUGAUAUUUCUUGGAGGUUGAAUAGGAGAAUAAUCAGUUUUCGCCCUAUAUCAAAUCACAAAGGAGAGACUAUUGCUAGGCAAUUUGAGAAAUGCUUGAAUGAUUGGGGUAUCGACAAAGUAUUCACUAUAACCGUUGAUAGUGCUAGUGCAAAUGAUAGUGCUAUUAGACUUUUGAAGCAUCGCUUGAGUUUUGUGAAUGUGAAUACUCUUGUACUGAAUGGUGAGUACCUACAUAUGCGUUGUGGAGCGCAUAUAUUGAACUUGAUUGUAAAAGAAGGAUUGUCGGACAUGGGCGAUAGUGUGAUCGGCAUUCGAAAUGCUAUUAAGUACGUGAGAUCAUCGGAUGCUAGGUUACAGUCAUUCAAAAGCCGAGAAGGAAGUGGUAAAUUUACUAGGGGAAGCCUUGUCUUGGAUUGCACAACUCGAUGGAAUUCAACUUUUCUUAUGUUGACUUCGGCUUUAAAGUACAGAGAAACAUUUGAGAGGAUGGAAGUCGAAGACAAAUUGUAUGAGGCAUAUUUUCAUGAAGAUGAUGAGUCAAGAUCCAGUAAAAAAAGGAUUGGUCCGCCGUCGGAAAGCGAUUGGGAUAAUGCUCGACGGUUAGUACAUAUCUUGAAAGUUUUUUAUGAUUCAACUCUGGUCUUUUCUGCUACAAAAAAAGUCACUUCGAGUGGUUGUUAUAAUGAGAUUCUAAGAGUUGAAUCUGUUUUAGCAUCGUUGAUUGACAACUCAGAUCAGAAUUUGAGUACGAUGGCUAAGAGUAUGAAGUGGAAGUAUGACAAAUAUUGGGAGGGGACAGAAAAAAUUAAUAAGUUAUUGAUUAUUGCUGCUGUCUUCGAUCCAAGAAGCAAAAUGAGUUUUGUAACUCAUUGCUUCGAGAAGAUAUAUGGUAAAGAUAAUGCUAAAUGUGAUGAGAUGAAAAAGAGCGUCACUGAUGUGCUGCGGAGGUUGUUUGAUUCGUAUCAUACAUGGUACAAAACACCAAGUGUGGCUGAGAGUGGAAGUGAAUAUAGAUCAGUUGGUAACACCGAGUUAUAUGUUGUACCAACUAAUGAUGAUAUUGAUCUUGGCAUUGGUUACGAGAAAUAUGAUAAUCUUUUUGCUUCAUUCAGUCAAAUGAUGGCAGAUGUAGGAGACAUAGAGGGGUCACUAAGUGAGUUAGAUCUUUACUUGAUGGAAAAGGUUGAAGUGGCAAGAUCUAACAAUCUGAAUAUGGAGUUUGAUAUUCUAACGUGGUGGAAGAUGCACAGUGGAAAAUUUUCGAUCUUAGCGCAAAUGGCGAGAGAUAUAUUGGCAUUUCCGGUCUCGACGGUUGCAUCAGAAUCAGUUUUUAGUACAGGAGGUCGCAUUCUAGACCAAUAUAGGAGUAGCUUAACUCCGGAUAUGGUCGAAGCAUUGGUUCUUUCACAGAAUUGGCUACGGUCUUCACUUAUCUCUGAUGCAACACGAUCUCUUAAAGAUGUGAUAGAAGAUAAUGACUUUAUAGAAACAUUUGAGAGGAUGGAAGUCGAAGACAAAUUGUAUGAGGCAUAUUUUCAUGAAGAUGAUGAGUCAAGAUCCAGUAAAAAAAGGAUUGGUCCGCCGUCGGAAAGCGAUUGGGAUAAUGCUCGACGAGUGUCACUGAUGUGUUGCGGAGGUUGUUUGAUUCGUAUCAUACAUGGUACAAAACACCAAGUGUGGCUGAGGGUGGAAGUGAAUAUAGAUCAUGGAAACACCGAGUUUUAUGUUGUACCAACUAAUGAUGAUAUUGAUCUUGGCAUUGGUUACGAGAAAUAUGAUAAUCCUUUUGCUUCAUUCAGUCAAAUGAUGGCGGAUGUAGGAAACGUAGAGGGGUCACUAAGUGAGUUAGAUCUUUACUUGAUGGAAAAGAUUGAAGUGGCAAGAUCUAACCAUCUGAAUACGGAGUUUGAUAUUUUAAUGUGGUGGAAGAUGCACAGUGGAAAAUUUCCGAUCUUAGCGCAAAUGGCGAGAGAUAUAUUAGCAUUUCCGGUCUCGGCGGUUGCAUCAAAAUCAGCUUUUAGUACAGAAGGUCACAUUUUAGACCAAGGAAUAGCUUAA